AUGGCUAUCGUCAAGCCCACUCUGCUUGCUGCAAUCGCAGCCAUGGCUGCAACUACACAGGCCCAAUCCGCCAACCCAGGCGUGGGCAGCAAUCCGAAAGCCCAAGGUGCAACGGACGACGUGACCCCCAGCACCGGGCCAAAUGGAUCCGAGGACUGGCUAAACACGGGUAUCACGGACGACGGCUGGACACCUCCCUUCCUCGCCCUCUCCGACGUCCUCCACAUAACCCUCGACCAGUUCUACAGCGGCAUAGGCUCCCCCUGCGCCCAAUACGACCCUUAUUUCCAAAACGCAGCCACAAAGUACACCAUCGAUCCCGUCAUUCUCGCCGUCAUCGCCAUGCAAGAGUCCUCCUGCAAUGCCAACGCCGGCGGACCCACCCCGGGCCUUAUGCAAGUAUCUUGCGAGAACUACCCGAACGGUCAAUGCACGAAUUCGAUCCAGGAUAACGUCGAUGCGGGGACCAACUAUCUCAAGUCCCAACUUGACGCGGCGGGUGGUAAUGCGAUCCGGGCAUUUGGGGCGUACAAUGGGUGGUUUACGGCGGGCAAUGGAUUGAAUGGGGGGAAGGGGUUAACGGAGGGAUAUCCUUGUUCGGAGGAGGGGAGGGCGAAUGGGGUCCCGCAGAAUUUGGAUUAUUUGCAUCAGGUUCUGAAUGGGUGGUUGAUGGGGUUGGAUGUUUAUGGGGAUGACAAUUGGAUUGGGACUUACAAGUGUGAUCAGAAUUGUGGGGAUGGCAGUAAGUGUUAG